UCCGGCGAACUACGGCGAAUGACAGGGGAGCCAGCUGAUACGGGGCGGGGACGACGCGUUGCCUACUCGCCGCGCAGGCGCAGGGCCUCCCUCGCCGCUCGCCUUCAGCCCGGGCUGUUCCCUGCUCCGUUACGCACACGCGCUGUUGGCAGCAUUGAAAGGGAGUCUGCCUCCACAGCCAUCUCAAAGAAAAUGUCUUAUGGUUCCAUUGACGGGAGUGCGUUUGGAAGCCGGAGCACCCUUGGAGGCCCUUCAAGGCAAGGAUACCAACCCUUAGCCACACAGAUUGAUCCCAAUGAACUACAGGAGCUUUUUCAGGAUACGUCUGCCAGCAUCUUCCGAAUUAAUGCUAAUGUGACGACUCUGGAAAGGAGCCUCAAGUCCCUGGGGACACCAAAUGACACACCAGAGCUGCGUGAUGGCCUGCACACAACUCAACAAGAGACCAACAAAACCAUCACAACAUGCACCAAUGCCAUCCGGCAGCUGACUGAAGUCAUCAGAAGUUCCUCUCGACAAGAACGACUUCAGUUGGACCGGCUGAAGAACCAGCUUUCUGAUGCCAUUCAGCGAUACGGAACAGUACAAAAGAAAAUUGCAGAGAAGUCCAAAGCUCUGCUUCCCAAGGGACAGAGAAGUAGGAAGCAGCAGAGUCCCAAGACUCCUUUCUCUGACCUGGCUGACGAUGAGAAGAUCUUCAAUGGAGGGGACAGCAUGUGGCCAGAACAGACUCAGGAGCCUGCCUUGCUGUCCGAAAUCACCGAGGAGGACCUGGAAGCCAUUCGCCAGCGGGAAGAAGCCAUCCAGCACAUUGAGAGUGACAUGUUGGAUGUCAACCAGAUAAUUAAAGACCUGGCCUCAAUGGUGUAUGAGCAGGGAGAUGCAAUAGAUAGCAUUGAAGCCAACAUCGAGACGGCAUCAUCUAAUGUUGAAUCUGCCAAUGAGCAGUUGGCGAAGGCCAGUCAGCAUCAACGACGUGCCAGGAAGGUGAAGUGCUGUCUCAUCUCUGUCGGCCUAGCAGUUCUUCUGGCCGUUAUCAUCAUCAUCACAGUUUCUGUCAAGCGUUAAGCACGCCAAGCUUUACACAGUUUUAAAAGAAAGAAAGAAAGAAAGAAAGAAAGAAAGAAAGAAAGAAAGAAAGAAAGAAAGAAAAGGAUUUUCUGUCAUGCAUGAUGGUGGACCAGAGUGAGAGCUAGAAAAUACUGGAGUAAUUUCAAAAGUGUAGUCAUGUUAAUAACAGUUCUCAGUGUUGCUUUGUUGUUAAUGUUUGUUAAUGUAUGUGAAAACUUGCAAGUAGCGAAUUGCAUAUGGAGAGAAUUAUUUGUCUAUACUGUAACAGCUGCAAGUGUACUUUAGGUUACAUACUGCUGAUUAAAGGAGUACCAGCGUAGAAGAGUAGGAAAAAUAAAAUGCCUGAUUAUGCAGUUGUGGCUAAGUAAACCAACUAUAAUGAAACCAAAUAAGACAGUUAAAAUGUAAUAGAUUUACCAAAAGCUGGAAAUCUUUUAUUGACUACUGAUAUAAUGACACUGAUCAUCUAUCUAUCUAUCUAUCUAUCUAUCUAUCUAUCUAUCUAUCUAUCUAUCUAUCUAUCUUUAUUUAUUUAUUUGUCAAGAGCCUCCCCAUCUCUGGCAACUUUUAAAAAGGCACUGAAGACACAUUUCUUACCCAGGCUUUUAAUUACAUUUACUAGCUGACCCUGCACAGAGCAUCUGUGCAGUUGUGCACUGAACCUGUGGCAUCUCCCUUGCAGUGCUCUCGCUCGCUCUCCCCCCCCAGCUCGCUCGCUCACUCUCCCUCCACAGCUUGCUCGCUCGCUCUCCUUCUGCAGCUCUCUCACUCUCUCCCUGCAGCUCGCUCGCUCGCUCGCUCUCUCCCCCCACAGCUCUCCCCAUUGGGCAGGCCAGGGCCAAUCCAUCCCCCCGCCGCCUCCCACCUCCUCCUCCCGGCUGGUAAGGCUUUGCCCGCCGUCUGCCCACCUCAUCGCCACCACCAUUAUUUCUCCCCGCCACCGCUUCCUCUUCCUGGCCAGCGGGGCUUUGCCCGCCAUCCAUCCACCUCUUCUGGCCGGCGGGGCUUUCCUCCCUCACGACCCGUCUUUUUGCAGACCUCUGCCUUCUAUCCAUUUAUAUAGAUAGAUUCCUCUCCUCUACAAUCAAGAACAUCUUCCGACCAGUAACAGUUGCAUUCCAACUGACCUUAACCAUCAUAGGCUCCUCCUUCUUAUCUGCAUAGGGAAUCCCCACUGCCCAAUCACCACAGUGCCACAGUCUCCUCUUCCCUAUCUGCAUAUGGAAUCCACACUGCCCAGUCAGGUGCUUCUUCUUGCAAACUCUGUCAGCCAAUAGCCUCCUUUCUACCACGUCCCCACACAUGGCCCGUCUUGGAGAAUUAAUAAUAUAUAGAUAGUUUUAAAUCAUUUUAAUACUGGGUUUUAAAUGUUUUUAAUCAUUUAAAUGAUUUGAAUUGUAAACCACCCAGAGACGCAAGGUUUGGGUGGUAUAGAAAUAUUUCAAAUACAUAAAUAAAUAAAUAAAUAAAUUAACAUUUCUAUACUGCCUGACACAUGCAUACAGAUGAUGAUGAUGAAUGUUUAUAUACUGCUCUUCCACUAUUAGAUUUUCAAAGUACUUCAAAGCAUUUGCAUAAUAUACUCAAAACAUAUUCACAAUGGCUGACAUCCUACCUAACUCUGAAGCCACACACUGGGAAGCUAUGGCCCUGCUGUGGAAGGUUUCAUUAGCUCCACAGUGUCCACUGCGCAAUGGAGGACAAUUUUUGCUAAUCUCUCCUUCCCUAAGAAAUGCCUGCAUCACCCAAAUAUAUGUCCCAGAGGGCUGUGCAGUCCUCAAAGACAUAUUUUUGGGAGUGCAGGGCACUUCUGGGGUAAGGAGACCGGGAAAUGUUUUUCCACUCCUUGCAUGAUGGACACCAUAUAGCUAAGAAACCUCUUCCUGCUAUAUUACUUGUUCUGGAAUUGUUCUUACAGUAUCUUAUGUUUUGCUUUUCACUUGUUACCUUCAUCUCUUUGAUAUGGCCAGUUGGCCAGUGACUGACUAGCUGAACUAAACUAUAU